AUGGAACCGCACCGUAGUGCAGGUUACUACGAGCAGCGGGUGGAGGUGCUCGUACGAGAGCAGAUGGCGGAACAGUUGAAGGACCGUGGUCCCCCAGAGUCGCAAUUGCACGAUGAGGUUGCGGCGCUGGUGAGUAGAAGACGACUACGGGAGGUUCCUGCUCAAAGGACGCAGAAUGUACUGGAGGGCAGCGAGAGGGUCGAUUUGCAGAAGUACAAUGUCUCAGAGACCACUUCGUUGGACUCGCUUAAGAGUGCGGACUCGUACCUGGCGCACCAGCAAGUUGUGCUAGAGGGUCUUCUACCAAGGACACUCGCGAACCAGUGGGCCACUAACAACGAUUACAUGGUACAGGUCAUUGGCAAUGUGCGAGCGAUGAAUGCGGAGCAAGAGGGGAACAUCAACGCUGUGCGGGUGCAUCGUGAGGCAGCGGCGCCCACCACGAAGAGAAGGAAAGUAAAGCGAGAUCUCUAA